AUGUCACAAACGAUAUUACUUUUAAAAGAAAAAACGAUACAAACCGAUUCAAAUAUAGAUGUUUAUGAACAAAAAUUCAAUGAACUAGGAGAAUAUACAAUACUAUAUUUACCAGUACUCGAACAUUCUUUGGUGAAUAUAAAUGAAUUAACGAAUAUAUUAAAGAAUGGAAUUGAUAAUCAAUAUGGAGGUGUUAUAGCCACUAGUCAAAGGGCGGUUGAAGGGCUUAAAGUAGCAUGGGAUCAAAUACUUUCUUCCGGUGAAAGGAUAGAUGUAUUAGAGAAAUGGAAAAAAAUACCAUAUUUUGUCGUUGGUAAAUCAACUGCGAAAGCUGUAAGAGAGAUGUUUGAGAUCAAUUCACUUGGAGCUGAUGAAUCAGGAAAUUCCGAAUCAUUGGCAGAUUAUAUUAUAGAAUAUUUUAAUUCGAUCCGUGGAAAAGGUCCUCAUAAUCAACGAUUAAAAUUAUUAUUUCUUGUUGGAGAUAAAAGGAGAGAAGAAUUACCAAACAAAUUAUCAAAAUCUGGAAUAUCAUUAAAAGAAUUAAGAAUUUAUGAAACCAAACCCAAUUCAUCAUUUUCUACCGAAUUAGAUAAAAUAUCAAAGUUCCUUGUUGAAAAAAAGAAAACAAUUAAUUGGAUAACCUUUUUUAGUCCGUCCGGAGUUGAUAAUUCAUUAGAAUUAUUAAAAGUGAAUUUAUUAAAAGAUUGGGAUAAAGUAAAAAUUGCAAGUAUAGGUAAUACUACAAGUAAAUAUUUAGAGAAUAUUAAAAAUAUUAAAGUAAAUAUUACUUCUCCAAAACCCGAAGCGGAAAGCUUGGCCAAAUCAAUUCAUGAAUAUAAUAAUAAAAUUUUAUUAACUUAA